UUUAACAAUGCCUUCAGGAUGCUGUUUCGUCUGCCGCGCUUUUGCAGCGCGUCAGGUUUGUUCGCGGACGCGCAGGUAGACGGUUUCUUUACCACAGUAAAAAAGCGCGCCGCCGCGACGCGUCGCGGAGUGCUUAACAGUAGCAACAGGGGGCCUACCGCUAAAACCAAAAUUUGCAAAUUACGGGGAUCUUUCUCUUUUGUUCUCACUAAGACGUAAUUACAGUGACAGAGAAAAUGCCCGCAAUUGGUGAACUUCGAUUUUCGCGGUUAUAGCCCAGUAUUCUGCCCGAGUUCCUGAGUGUGAUAGCGGGUAGGCUCGAUAGUCGCUAUAAGCAGCACUGGUCGAAUCUGUAUCAUUCCUUAGUUUCAUAUGAAAUGUAAGAGAUAUGAGAAAUGUUACCAACUACUAAACUUUUAUGGAUUUCUGUGGUCUGAAAUAAAUAAUAUUUAUUAUUAAAAAGUAGUUUGCUAAAAAAAACACUGUCCUAGAACAGAAAGGUGCCACUUUGAUCCCUCCUUAUUAGCUGGGUAGAAAAAGCUCUAUUCCGAAAAGGUGAUGUGAAAAGGCCUAUUUUUAACUCACCUUACAUUAGCAUCGUACAAUUUAAGAACGCAAUUUACAAAAGGAAACAACCCAACAAGGAAACGAUUCAAUGAACUUCACAACAAUUAAACCAUCGGUAGAUUGCUAUAUUUCAGCUUGAUAACAGAUAACAAUCGGAAUAUUUUUAUUAAUUCAUUCGCAAUCUAAAUUGCAGGACUAACUCGAUUAAGGAAGGUUGUCUAUAAUCGUCCAUGCGUAAGUAGUAGAUAUGCCAGAUUAUUAAGUUAAUUGCAAAGAAGAUAUAUACAUUUUUAGAACACAAAGUGAUUUUAAUAAUUUUAAAGUGAUUAAAAUAUGACUGAUACGGGCACAGGCAAUAUUAGAAAAGAUCUUUUAGAUGAAAUAGUGAAUAGGAAGCGAAUGGGAGACAAGAAGUUCCAUUCGGAGACUUCUUUGCAGCAUUUUGAGGAGCCAGAAGAUGAACCUGAUUAUGACGUGGAAGCUGACAGGGAUCCGGGGGUUGUAAAUACAUCAGUAAAUGGCUCUUCGGGGGAAGAAAUCUCCGCGCGGCGGCGCACCAUGUCCCAGCCGGGCCCGGUGUCGGGGAACUUCCUGACAGCCAGCGCCGCCCGCGCAGCCCGCCGCCGCCCGCAGCGCAACGUCAACUACGCAGCUGACAUUGAGAGGAAUGAAUCUAUUGAGAAACCCCCAAAAAUCAUAGUCCCGGGAAGGAAUGAUGACUCCGGCACCAAUACGCCAGUUGGCGAUCGAAACAGUCCACUUCCAUAUAACGGCACUUACAAAAGCAAUGGCGACGUCAAGUCACUAAACAGCUACCGGCUUUAUGCACCCGCGAACGACAUGCGUGGCAGUGCGACGCCGCGCAAGCGCUCCGUGAUCACCAUGGAUGCACAGUCCAUCCGCUCCGUGGAGACGCACGCGCCGGCGCCGACCAGCCCCGAAGAUAACAAGCGGCUAACAAAUGAAUAUAUGAAUAUCAUAUUAAGCUCAAUAUACGCCAUAUUAUUAGUGACUUUUGGGUUGAUUGUGUACUUAUCGGAGCCAUUCGUCGAUUUUGUAGAUAAUGCAUCCACGUAUUAUACACUGACGCUGACCUGCAUAGGAUUCGUUUACCACUUAUAUUUGUUCAUCGAUAUAGGCCGAUACAAGAAAAUUGCCUUGCAAAAUCAAAGAACUAAAGGUCUGCAUGAGCAGAAGAUUGUGGAGUAUUUUAGGAAACAAGAGGAAGAAUUUGGUCCAAGUACGCCGGGUACGCCCGGCUCCGAAGUAUUCAAGCCGCCGCCGCCACUACUCAUUCCCUUAAAACAUGCUUAUUGUUUUAGUCAAGGCCGACAUUCCGGCAGUUUCUAUCUUAAACUUGGCGCUGCUGGUUUCGCUAUGGGCCACUUAGUCCACUCUGUGCUACUGAUCGUCAACCAGGUGGCUUACGUAAUCGAUGACAACGUAAACAACGACAAGUGCGUCAACUACUCGCAGAUCGCGCAGGACAUCGUCAGCCCCAUCUACUGUUUCCUGCAGCUUUUCUUCGUGUUUAAGUACUCAAACGUCAUCAUUUUAAGAAAUAAGGGUUUGGCUAGCUACGCCUUCAUGCACAUAAUCGGGAGCAGCCUUUGCUUCUGGAUCGGCACAAUCGUCCGGGAGACAUUAGUCGCACUCACUAUCUACGCCUACUCACAAUAUGGACCUGGAGGGCCAUAUGAAAAUGCCACUAAUUAUCACUCAGCUUCGAGCCAGCAAAGCAGAUUAUUUGACGUGAGCAGCCUGUACAACAAAGAGUGCGUAGGAUCCACUGCUGUCAUGGAAGUGAUUGAGAGCUUCUCGCCGUACCUUUACCCGUUCAGUGUCGAGUUCAAUAUCCUCAUAGUUGCCAUAUACUACAUAAUUUGGAGCAGCAUCGGUAAAUGCGACAACGAGGACAGCGGCGACGGCACUUCUAGCUUGGGCGACAACAACACCGUUUGCCAAAUCCCGACCGCAAACGAAGACAAUGACUUCACAAGCAACAUUGUGAUCCACGCGGACUGCCACGCGUCCAACCGCGGCAUGUUCAUGGGGCUGGUGCUGAUGGUCUUCGUCGUGGGCAUGCUCAUCGUUGGUUUCGUCUUCAGCAGCGGCGGCGAGGGAAUUUUGGAGAUCGGAUACUUGAUGAAUGACUCGACCAAACUGGCACUUCAUGUGGCUAUGUUUAUUGCGGCAAUAUUUGCCUACUUCCAGACGAGGAAGUUGGAUAUCAACGAACAUCCCAUUUCUCUUCUUGACGACAUUUUACUAUUUAUCUGCAUACCCGCCUUCUUUUUGGAGACAGUACUGUCUUUGGUGGCUACGAUCGCCUUACUUAACGUUGUAAAAACAGUAGAUUUGAUACUUAUGAUGAUCCAAGUGGUGUUACAAACGGCGCUACUAGUGGACGGCCUGCGGCGCUGCAGCAACAGCCGCAAGCUGCGGCGCAGCAAGCCGGGCCGCGAGCUGCUCAUGUUCCUCAUCAUCGCCAACGUGGGCAUGUGGCUCCUGAACACCUUCUCCUACAAGAGCCCGGAGAGCCUCGACGAGCGGUACGCGUACUACGGUAAGGUCACUUGGACCAUUCUCGGCCACAUCAGCCUGCCGCUCAUCAUGUUCUACCGGUUCCACUCGAGCGUUUGCUUCGUGGACAUGUGGGACUCCGCCUACAAACCUGGGUCAGAACAUUAGAACAAAUGUUUUUUUUUUUUUCAUAAAAAAGAAUACACUAUCACGGUUAUGUUAUGAUAUGAAUAAUGAGGAGUGCGUUAUUAUCAUAAAAGUAAAUUCAAUUUCGGUGUAAUUCACGAUCGCCAAAUUCAUUAUAUAUAAUUUUACGUUAAAAUUAAUAAUUGUUUUAGGAAGGUACAUAAGGUAGACUUGUUACUGGAAUAUUAUAAUGCUCUG